AUGACCGUCCCCCUCUUACCAAACGGCCUACUCGACUUGUCGAAGACGCCAGACCACCUCAUACCAACUGUCCAGCACAACGCCACCAAGUCCCCUCUCCUCCGUCUGCCCGCAGAGAUCCGGUCCAACAUCUUCCAGUACGCGACAAGCGGCACCGAAUUCGUGAUCGAACCUGUUAACCAGGGUCAUGGACGCAAGGUCUCCAUUGACGACCUCUCUGGGCGUAACACCACCGACCUACGACGCAUCGGCAUGUACCUCCCCCAGGUAAGCCGCCAGAUCUACAGCGAGACAGCAACGCUGGUUUUCGAGAACAACAUCUUUGCCCUCGAACCCCUUCCCCUCGCCCUCAACCCCUAUGGUUCUUCGAACCCCUAUGGUUAUUCUGACCGGCGUGAACGAUAUGAGCUGUUACCGCGCUUCAUCAGCGCGUUGAUCCCAGCGCAGCGCGCGUCCAUCCGCGAGCUGAAGUUCACGGGACUAAAUCACCACAUUCCGUUAAUCAUAUGCUUUCGCGAUCGCGAGCCAGCACUCACCGCGGACUUCCCCAAUCUGGAGGUGGUCUGGCUCAAGGCGGGGUCUGAGAAGUAUUUGAGCCGGCUAGCACGCUGCCUUUCGAAUAGGGGCGAACCAGACAUUGUCAACUACGGAGAGCAUAAGAGGGUGGGUAUUGCGUUCUAUUAA